AUGGCGGAGCAGCACGACGGCAAGCCGGCCAACGGCGUGCGCUGGCGGCCGCACUACGGCUGCCCGGCAGCGGGAAGCACCACCAUCCCCCUCGUGUUCCUUCUCUUGCUCACCGGCGCGCUGCUCCUCAUCCUCGGCCCGACCGACUCCAUCCUCACCCUCCCCAGCCUCCGCGUCGUGUUCAGCAACCCCAUCCACAUUGCCACCGCAGCUCCGCCAGCGGUGCCGCCCGCAGCCGCCAACGUGAGCGACGAAGACAUCGGCCUCCCGCCGCCCCGGCAGCUCACGGACCCGCCCUACUCGCUGGGCCGCACCAUCCUGGACUACGACGCGCGCCGGUCCGCGUGGCUCGCCGCGCACCCGGAGUUCCCCGCGCGCGUGCCGCCCGCGGGCCGGCCGCGGGUGCUGGUGGUGACCGGGUCCGCGCCGGCACGGUGCCCCGACCCGGACGGCGACCACCUGCUGCUGCGCGCGUUCAAGAACAAGGCGGACUACUGCCGCGUCCACGGCCUGGAGGUGUACUACAACACGGCGUUCCUGGACGCGGAGAUGACCGGGUUCUGGGCGAAGCUGCCGCUGCUGCGGUCGCUGAUGAUGGCGCACCCGGAGGUGGAGCUCCUGUGGUGGGUGGACUCGGACGCGGUGUUCACGGACAUGCGGUUCGAGCUGCCGUGGGAGCGCUACGCGGCGCACAACCUGGUGCUCCACGGCUGGGAGGCCAAGGUGUACGAGGAGAAGAGCUGGGUGGGCGUCAACACCGGCAGCAUCCUCAUCCGCAACUGCCAGUGGUCGCUCGACCUCCUCCACGCGAUGGCACCCAUGGGGCCCCGCGGCCCCGUGCGCGACAGCUACGGCGAGCUCUUCGCCAGGGAGCUCUCCGGCCGCCCGCCGUUCGAGGCCGACGACCAGUCGGCGCUCAUCUACCUGCUCGUCACGCAGCGGGAGAGGUGGGGGGACAAGGUCUUCUUCGAGAACUCGUACGAGCUCAACGGCUUCUGGGAGCUCAUCGUGGACAGGUACGAGGAGCUGCGGCGGGAGGGCGCCUGGCCGCUCGUGACGCACUUCGUCGGGUGCAAGCCGUGCCGGCGGUACGCCGACAGCUAUCCGGCGGACCGCUGCCGCCUCGGGAUGGAGCGCGCCUUCAACUUCGCCGACGACCAGAUACUGAGGCUGUACGGGUUCGGCCACGAGUCGCUCAACGGCACCGCCGUGCAGCGCGUCAGGAAUGAGACCGGCGGGCCGCUGGACGCGGAAGACGAGGAGCUCGGUCGGCUGUUGCACCCCACGUUCAGGGCAACUUAG